UUUUCCUACUCACUAUUGUUACUGUAAACCCCCUCCAAAGUGUUAAUACUCAUUUUUAAUUUCAUCGUUUCCUGAGUCUACGUCUAGAGAAUCACGGAAAGUUAUAAAGUGUGUGUGAAUGUUUGUAUCUAUGUCCAAGAUCUAUCUCAUCGGUUGAAUCAAAUUCUUGUGAAUCUCAAGUCUUUCACCAUUAAAACUGGUUCCUGAUUUGGUUUCCUAUUUUUUCUUUUUUAAAGGAAAAAUGUCCCAGAAGGUUAAGCCAUCUGUUCAGUCACUUAAAUCGAUGCCGGCGGAUUAUAGAUUCCUUGAUUCACCACCCCUUGAGGACUCCUCUGGAUCAAGUGUUUCUGUGACCAUUCCACCAAAUGGUCACUUGAAGAAUGGGUUCAAGGGAACUGGAGAUUCUGUUGGGGGAGUGGAUAAUGGUAAUGAGGAUUCACCGUACAGCGUUUCAAAUGGGGAGGUGUCUUCACUUGUUGAUGGAGAUCUUAUCGUGCCCUUGCCUCAGAGUACGGACCGCAGGUGGAGCGACACAAGCGUAUAUGCUCGGAAGAAGGUAUUGCAAUUUUGGGUCCAACUUCCAAGUGGUAACUGGGAGCUGGGGAAGGUGUUGUCAACUUCAGGAGAAGAGUCUGUUGUUAAACUACCUGAGGGAAAUGUGUUAAAAGUCAUAUCAGAGACACUAGUACCUGCAAAUCCUGAUAUACUUGAUGGAGUAGAUGAUCUCAUGCAACUAAGUUACUUAAAUGAACCAGCAGUGUUGUACAACCUUGAGUAUAGGUACAACCAAGACAUGAUCUAUACCAAAGCAGGCCCGGUUCUAGUGGCUGUGAAUCCAUUCAAAGAGGUUCCUUUGUAUGGAAAUAGCAACAUCGAAGCAUACAGGAAAAGAUCAAAUGAGAGCCCUCAUGUCUACGCUAUUGCAGAUACAGCAAUCCGUGAAAUGAUAAGAGAUGAAGUUAACCAAUCCAUCAUUAUAAGUGGAGAGAGUGGAGCAGGGAAAACUGAGACAGCAAAGAUAGCAAUGCAAUACUUGGCUGCUCUUGGAGGUGGAAGUGGGAUCGAGUAUGAGAUAUUAAAGACUAAUCCCAUCUUGGAAGCAUUUGGAAAUGCAAAAACAUUGAGAAACGAUAAUUCUAGUCGUUUUGGGAAGCUGAUAGAGAUUCAUUUUAGUGAAACAGGAAAGAUUUCUGGUGCUAAAGUCCAAACAUUUUUGCUAGAAAAGUCUAGAGUGGUUCAAUGUGCGGAAGGAGAAAGGUCAUAUCAUAUAUUUUACCAGCUUUGUGCUGGGGCUUCACCUACUCUUAGAGAGAAGCUAAAUUUGACAAGCGCAGAAGAGUAUAAAUAUUUGCAACAAAGCAAUUGUUAUUCAAUUAACGGAGUUGAUGACGCUGAACGUUUUCAAGCUGUCACGGAAGCUCUAGACAUUGUGCACGUUAGUAAAGAAGAUCAAGAAAGCGUAUUUGCAAUGCUUGCAGCAGUACUAUGGCUAGGGAAUGUUUCUUUCACCGUUAUUGACAAUGAAAACCACGUUGAACCUGAGGAAGAUGAAAGUUUGUCAACUGUUGCUAAAUUGAUUGGGUGCAACAUCAAUGAGCUAAAGCUAGCUCUAUCGAAUCGUAAUAUGAAAGUUAGAAAUGACACAAUUAUACAGAAGCUAACACUAUCGCAGGCCAUUGACGCAAGAGAUGCUUUAGCAAAGUCAAUAUAUGCCUGCCUAUUUGACUGGCUGGUUGAACAGAUAAACAAAUCUCUUGCGGUGGGAAAAAGGAGGACUGGCAGAUCCAUCAGCAUUCUGGAUAUCUAUGGCUUUGAAUCAUUUGAUAAGAACAGUUUUGAACAGUUCUGUAUAAAUUAUGCAAAUGAGAGAUUGCAGCAACACUUUAAUCGUCAUCUAUUCAAGCUGGAGCAGGAGGAAUAUAUACAGGAUGGCAUUGACUGGACAAGGGUUGAUUUUGAGGACAACCAAAAUUGUCUCAGUCUCUUUGAAAAGAAACCAUUAGGUCUGCUCUCGCUUCUUGAUGAGGAAUCAACAUUUCCGAAUGGCACAGAUCUGACACUUGCCAACAAGCUUAAGGAACACCUAAGUGCUAAUUCCUGUUUUAGAGGAGAUCGAGGGAAGGCUUUUACGGUUUCUCAUUAUGCUGGAGAGGUUACAUAUGAGACGACUGGAUUUCUAGAGAAGAACCGGGAUUUGCUGCAUUCAGAUUCUAUUAAGCUUUUGUCAUCUUGCUCUUGCCACCUUCCACAAGCCUUCGCUUCUAGCAUGCUCAUUCAUUCUGAAAAGCCUGUUGUUGGUCCUUUAUACAAAGCAGGUGGAGCUGACUCCCAGCGACUGAGUGUAGCAACUAAAUUUAAGGAUCAACUUUUCCAAUUGAUGCAACGUCUAGGGAACACGACACCACAUUUCAUUCGCUGCAUAAAGCCAAACAAUGUUCAGUCUCCGGGGUUGUAUGAGCAAGGUCUUGUCUUACAGCAGCUAAGAUGUUGUGGGGUUCUAGAGGUGGUUAGAAUCUCCCGGUCUGGAUUUCCUACCAGAAUGUCUCAUCAGAAAUUUGCUAGAAGGUAUGGUUUCCUUCUGCUGGAGAGCAUUGCAGCAAAAGAUCCUCUUAGUGUUUCUGUUGCAAUUCUUCAUCAGUUCAACAUCUUGCCAGAGAUGUAUCAAGUCGGCUACACAAAACUGUUUUUCAGAACUGGCCAGAUUGGGGUUCUUGAAGAUACAAGGAACCGCACUCUUCAUGGGAUCUUACGUCUCCAAAGCUGUUUUAGAGGGCACCAAGCACGGAGUCGUCUAAGAGAGCAUAAAAGAAGAGUUACUGUUCUUCAGUCAUUUGUUCGUGGAGAAAAGGUAAGAAAGGAAUACACAGAGUUACUUCGGAGGCAUAGAGCUUCUGCUGCUAUACAAAGCCAUGUUAAGAGAAGGAUUGCUAAGAGACAGUAUAAAGCUACAGUUGAUGCAUCUGUUGUAAUACAGUCAGCAAUUCGUGGCGAGCUGGUUAGAAGAUGUGCUGGGGAUAUUGGUUGGCUAAAAUCUGGAGGCACCAAGAGAAAUGAGUCAGACGAGGUGCUGGUGAAGGCAUCAGUACUCUCCGAACUUCAGCGCAGGGUUCUGAAAAGCGAAGCUGCACUUCGUGAGAAAGAAGAGGAGAACGACAUUCUCCGACAAAGACUCCAGCAGUACGACAACAGGUGGUCCGAAUACGAAACCAAGAUGAAAUCAAUGGAAGAGAUUUGGCAAAAGCAAAUGAGAUCAUUGCAGUCAAGCCUUUCCAUUGCCAAGAAAAGCCUAGAGGUUGAGGACUCGGCUAGAAACUCUGAUGCGUCGGUGAACGCAAGCGACGCAACGGAGUUAUCAGGAAGUGGCGGUGAUUUCAGGACUCAUGGGAGGACAAGAAGCGUAGGUGUGGGGUUAAGCGUGAUAAGCCGGUUAGCAGAAGAGUUCGGACAGAGAGCUCAGGUGUUUGGUGAUGACACAAAGUUCUUGAUGGAAGUGAAGUCUGGUCAGGUGGAGGCGAACUUGGAUCCGGAGAGGGAGCUAAGAAGGUUGAAACAGAUGUUUGACACGUGGAAGAAGGAUUAUGGAGGGAGACUAAGGGAAACGAAACUGAUACUUGGCAAGCUUGGGAGUGAAGGAGGUGGUGGUUCAGCGGAGAGAGUGAAGAUGAAGUGGUGGGGGAGGUUGAAGAGUACCAGGUUUUAAUGGUCUCUUUACUUCCUUGAGACGCACGUCUCUAUUUUUAUUUUACACGUUUGAUGUUAUUCUGCGGUUUUGGUCUUGUUGCUGAGAAGUGAGAAGGCUCUAUGGUUACUUAAAAGAGUCAUGUUUCUCAUUUCCAUCCAAAUACUUGCAAAAUUCAGUAAAUAUUCUACUAUAUAUUAAACAUAUUUAUAAUAUUUCU